AAAAUAUGGUGGUUAACUGAGGCUCCGCCGAUAUUCGCCGGCUUUGGGUGGUGGUUGCUGGCUUGUUAAGGGCGGACAGUUUGUGUCUUCGCUUUUUUGUUACAACUGGGAAAAGCGAAAAAAGGGAUAAAAAAAUCGUAAGGAAAAUGGGAAGCGAUAGGAAGUUGAAGGAAAAGAAGAGCAAGAAGCGAUCGACAUACUCUUCUUCUUCUGCAUCUGAAGAUGAAGGAAGGGAGAAAAGGCAAAGAAGAGGAGAGGAAGAGGAGUGGAAAAGCAGGAAAAAGGAUAGCAAGAAAGAGAAGAGAAAGGACAAGAAAUCUCACAAACACUCUUCUGAUAAAGAGAAGAAGCCAAAGGAGAAGGGCAAACGUAAACAUCACAAAGGUGACCGCACCUUGAAACAUUUCCAAGAGCUAUCCAAUGAUGACUAUUUUUCUAAGAAUAAUGAAUUUGCUACCUGGCUGAGAGAAGAGAAACAUGUGUUUUUCUCUGAUCUUUCGUCUGAGUCUGCCCGAGAAUUAUUCUCAGACUUUGUUAUAGACUGGAAUAACCAGAAGCUCGGAUCUCAAUACUAUGAAGGCAUUGCAAGUGGCCCGCGGACUGCACAUAACUGGACUUUCUUCCAAAAACCAACAGAGCUGGCUAUUCGCUGCUGCAGAAACCUUCUCAAAUCAAAACUGCCAUUACCCACCACUGCUCUCUACACCCUUCCCUCCCUAACCCGUUUUCAACUUCACGCCAUCUUCUCGAUUCAAUGCCCAGCAAAAGAAGAAGAAGAAAAACCCGGAAACCAUGCCACCAUUUCCCUCUCAAACCACCCUAACCCCGAAAUCUCAUGCUUUUACCAGAAGGGUUUCUCUCAAAUCACCCGAGAAACCACUGGCAAAGCCUUACAUGCACUUUGCAUCGAGGGUUUAGUCCCUCUAAGUGUGUUUUUGACUAAUACAUUGAUCAAUAUGUACUCGAAGUUUGGUCUUAUUGAUUACGCUCGGUACCUGUUCGAUCAUUUGUCUGUUAGGAAUACUGCUUCUUGGAACACUAUCAUGUCCGGCCUUGUUCAUGUUGGUUUAUAUGGAGACGUGAUGUUUUUGUUCUGUGAAAUGCGGCGUUUUGGUGUUUGGCCUUCCGGGUUUCUGGUUUCGAGCUUGAUAACUGCUUGUGAUAGGUCGGGUUGUAUGUUUAUUGAAGGGAUUCAAGUUCAUGGUUUUGUUGUUAAAAUUGGUUUGUUAUGUGAUGUGUUUGUGGGAACUUGUUUGUUGCAUUUUUAUGGAGCUUACAAAAGAGUUUUUGAUGCGCAAACGCUCUUUGAGGAGAUGCCAGAGAGGAAUGUUGUUUCUUGGACUUCAUUGAUGUUUGGAUAUUUAGAUAAUGGAGAUUUGGAGAAUGUUAUUCAUUUAUAUUGGGAAAUGAGGGAAGAAGAGAUUGCUUGUAAUGAGAACACAUUUGCUACUGUGCUAACUGCUUGUUCGUUGCUUGAAGAUGAAUCAUUGGGUCUUCAUGUUUUUGGUCAUGUUGUAAAGUCUGGUUUUGAAAAUAAAGUUUCUGUUGCUAACUCUCUCAUAUCUAUGUUUGGUAGUUUAGGGAGUCUAAAAGAGGCCUGCUAUGUUUUUAGUCACAUGGAUGAACGGGACACAAUCUCGUGGAACUCAAUAAUUUCUGCACAUGCUCAGAAUGAACUUUGUGAAGCAUCGCUGAGAUUUUUUCGUCUGAUGCGUCAUGUUCAUGAGAAAAUAAAUUCUACUACUCUUGCAACUUUGCUUUCUGUCUGCAGUUCAGUAGAUCAUAUGAAAUGGGGCAGAGGAAUUCAUGGUCUAGUUGUUAGGUUGGGAUUGGAUUCAAAUCUUUGUAUAUGCAAUUCACUUUUAGGUAUGUAUUCUGAGUCUGGAAGGUUGGAUGAUGCAGAAUUUGUCUUUAAAGAAAUGCCAGAGAGGGAUGUAAUUUCUUGGAAUUCCAUGAUUACCGGUAAUGUUAGAGAUGGGAGGAGCCUAGAUGCCCUAAUAUUAUUGAUCAAAAUGCUUCAAAUGAAAAAGGCAACUAAUUAUGUGACUUUUACAAGUGCAUUGGCAGCUUGUUCAAACGCUGCAUUUAUUGAUGAAGGAAAGAUUGUGCAUGCCCUUGUAAUUCUUACAGGUCUGCAUGAGAACUUGGUUGUGGGAAAUGCAUCAGUUACAAUGUAUGCAAAGUCUGGUAUGAUGGUUGAAGCAAAAAAGGUGUUCCGAAUGAUGCCCAAGCGAAAUGAAGUUACUUGGAAUGCACUCAUUGGUGGCCAUGCAGAAAAUGAAGAAACAGAUGAAGCGGUAAAAGCUUUUCAGUUAAUGAGAGCAGAAGGUAUAAAAACGGACUACAUUACAGUGUCAAAUAUUCUGGGUGCUUGCUUGACCCCUGAUGAUUUACUGAAACUCGGGAUGCCCAUCCAUGCACAUGUUGUUUCAACAGGAUUUGAAUCCAAUAAAUAUGUGCAGAAUUCCCUUAUUACAAUGUAUGCCAGGUGUGGUGAUCUCCAAUCAAGUAACUACAUCUUUGAUGGAUUACCUCAUAAGAACUCUAUCUCAUGGAAUGCAAUUAUUGCAUCAAAUGCUUGUCAUGGUCUUGGCGAAGAGGUCUUAAAACAUAUUGUGAAGAUGAGAACUGCUGGCAUCGAUUUAGAUCAGUUCAGCUUCUCUGAAGGUCUUGCUGCUACCGCUAAGUUGGCUGUUUUGGAGGAAGGCCAACAACUCCACUGUGUGGCAGUUAAACUUGGAUUUGACUCGGAUCCUUUUGUUACAAAUGCUGCAAUGGAUAUGUAUGGAAAAUGUGGGGAAAUGGAUGAUGUUUUAAGAAUGCUUCCCCAACCAGUCAGUAGAUCACGAUUAUCAUGGAACAUAUUAAUAUCAGCUUUUGCCAGACAUGGGUAUUUUCAGAAGGCAAGAGAAACUUUCCAUGAAAUGCUAGAAAUGGGGAUGAAGCCUGACCAUGUUACCUUUGUCUCUCUUCUUUCUGCUUGCAGUCAUGGGGGCCUGGUGGAUGAGGGUAUUAGAUAUUACGCUGCAAUGAGCAAAGAGUUUAAUGUCCCACCAGCAAUAGAACAUUGUGUAUGUAUAAUUGAUCUUCUAGGACGAUCAGGAAGGCUUGCUGAGGCUGAAACUUUUAUCAAUGAAAUGCCUGUCCUGCCAGAUGGUCUUGUCUGGCGGAGCUUGUUGGCUUCAUGUAAAAUCCAUGGCAAUUUGGAACUUGGGAAGAAAGCUGCAGAACAUCUUUUUGAGUUGGACCCAUCAGAUGACUCUGCAUAUGUUCUAUAUUCUAAUAUUUGUGCAACUACUGGGAAAUGGGGGGAUGUAGAGGAUGUAAGGAGUCAAAUGGGGUUGUAUAACAUAAAGAAGAAACCUGCGUGCAGUUGGGUGAAGUUGAAGAACCAGGUGGGUUCGUUUGGAAUGGGGGACCAAACACAUCCUCAGACCAUUGAAAUAUAUGCGAAGUUGGGAGAGCUUAAGAAAAUGAUUAAAGAAGCAGGUUAUGUUCCUGAUACUAGCUAUGCAUUGCAAGACACAGAUGAAGAACAAAAGGAGCAUAAUCUUUGGAACCACAGUGAGAGACUUGCCCUUGCAUUUGGACUGAUAAAUACUCCAGAUGGUUCAACUAUUAGAGUUUUCAAGAACCUUCGUGUUUGUGGUGAUUGCCAUUCUGUUUACAAGUUUGUCAGUGGAAUUAUCAAGCGAAAAAUUAUAUUAAGGGAUCCUUACCGGUUCCACCAUUUUAGUGGUGGCCAAUGUUCUUGUUCUGACUACUGGUGAGAACAGCUAUUUUUGAGCUCAAGCAGAAUUUUACAGAAUAUAAAGUAAAUGUGCUACUAGUGUAUUAAAUAGAUAGGUCCAGAUCCUGGCAUUGAUUUGGGCAACAGGCAACCUAACUGUCCAACUUGAAGGUACCGAUAAGAUCUCAGCUAUUCAUUUUUCUGAGAAUAUGGUUUGAAGACUCUUCAUGUUCUUGUUGUUUAAUGAGUUUCAAAUUUUUAAUGUUGAUUUUGUUUUGUUGGUUGAUUGGUUGAAAGGAAUUGAAGAUCUGUUUAUUGGAUUGGUGACCUUAUUUUUGAAUUCAACUGAGAACAGUAAAACAUACUUAGGAGGGAAAAUUACAUAAGAGAACAGCAAAUUUCAAUAUUGAGUUGUGCAUUUGCCAUUUUGAUGAGCUUAAAGUAUCUGCUAUUUCUAUAUAUGGCAUGUAAAGUACCUUAUGCCUUGUGAUAAAGGCGGCAUCUCACCUAAUUUAAUUGAGACUGUCAUGCACACAUGCACCUGGCACUUGUAGGCACAUGCGCUAAGACACUCUAAAAUAAUGCUGUCAUAAAAUGUGUUUCAUUGUGCAUUGAUUGUGAAGGUGUGAAUUUAUUUGUGUACCAUAUGUUUAGAUGCCUCUGGUUUAUGUGUUUAUUUGCAUUAAGUUUUUAACAGAUUUAUUAGGUUCCUUGCUUCUGCUGAAAGUCGGAGAACAUAUGAAUUUUGGAAGGAACACAUUAGAUGAGAGAAUAUUGAUUGAUUGACUGAAAUUAAGAGAGAAGAACAUUAUUCUAAAAUUUUAACUUUGUUUUUGUUCAUUAAUUAAAUAGUUUGUUCAUCAGAAGAGACCAUCGCAGGAAUUUGCUUCCAAUGAUCGAGGGAAUGAUUUACAUGCAACAUUGUAGUUAAACUAUUACUAAUUUAUCGUUUGAGAAUUGUAGCGAAUCCAACUCUGCGCUUGAAUUAGAUCUGGUCUACGAGCAUUGUUUUCUCUGCAAGGUGAAAUUUGAGUUAGGUUAUUGUAUUUUGUAAAUUGAAAUAGUUAGUUAAUAGGCUGAAAGUAAUAAAUCAUUUAUCCAGACCUUUGUAAAAUACUUUGGCAGGGGGAGCUACUUUUUGGAGAUGUGCAUGCUAGUUAUCUCAUUUUAGUAUUUACAGAAGAACCUAUUCAGCUGAGAUAGUUAUGCACACACAUUCACUACGAUCAGUUCACCCACAUAAGUGUUUCAAUCAAUCUUGGCUUUCUAGCUGUUGUUUGUUUAAACUAUAUAUUUACAUGGCUUUGGUUGGUGUAUUCAUCAGCAUUGGGGUUUGAAUGUGGUUAUUUUCCCUUGUUGAAAGUUGGACAAUAUAUGAUUAUUUGUAGAUAUCAGUUAUGAAUAGAUCAAUUGAAAUUAGAAGAAAAAUGUGCUAUCCAACAAUAUUGAAUUUUGGCUGGUUUAGGACUUAAAACGUAAGUUUAUAAUCAGAAACCCACAACAGCACAUUCUUUUCCAUUUGAUAUAUUAUUUUAUUCUUUUGAAUUGUAGAGUUAAAAUGCUUGCAAAUAGAAUUCUGAUAAUUUUAUUUUCUGAGAAUUGUGGUGAUUAUCCACACGGCUUUGCGUUGCAUUUGGUCCAUGACUCCAUCUGUUUUGUUUGUUGAAUGCCUUAUUUCACUUUAUCAUGUACCAAAAUUUGGAGUUAUGCGUUGAAUAUUUGCUAAAUGUUUAGCAAUGUUCUUUUCUGAAAAUGAUUGAGAACUGCAGUUGGUCUGCAUUGCUUGUCUCUUGCACUAUGCAAAACCAAUAUAUCACAGCACACUGUGGUUGACUCAAGGAUAAGUAGAAGAAGCACAAAAGUGAACAUUACAAAGGGUGACCAUCACAUGAGGCAUGGGUUCAAGAGCUAUAACAGGAGGACUGUUUCUCUAAGGACAAUGAAUUUGCUACUUGGCUGAAAGAAGAGAAAAAUAUGUUUUUCUCUGAUCUUUCGUCGGAGUCUGCACAGGAAUUAUUCUAGACUUUGUUAAAGACUGGAAUAACCAGAAUCUCAGAUCUCAAUAUUAUGAAGGCAAGGCAUUACAAGGAGCCCAGUGACCGCAUAUAACAGGAAAAUCAAACUUUUGGCAAUGAUCCUUGCAUGCAUUCUUUUAUUUUCCUUUCAUUUUGUGUUUGCGUUUCUUUUUGGUACAUAUGGUAGCUCACUGGGCUUGAGAUGCACAACGGGAGGUAGCUAACUCCCAUCCCAGAAACCCCACCUUCCCCUUGCAAAAAUUUCGAACCUGAGAUGUGAAAGGAAAAGUUUCAAGCACUAGCUGUUUGGUGUUCUGCAAUCUAGAUUGAUCUGUGUGAGUUCUGUAUCUUCGCAGUAUAUGCUUGCCUAGUUGCACAAGUAGAGAUAUUUCUGAUUUUUCUUUGUAGUUUUUCCAUGAACACGACUGAGAAAGCCUGAUAGGAUGCCGGAGAAGUUAUUUUGAGCCUUGUGUGGUUUCUUUCGUUUAUCAAGUCCAUCUUUUUACAGUGUUUUUUAAUGUGAUAUAUUUCAGAUUGCUUAAUUUUUCUCAGGUGAUUAAUUCUGAGGAGCAAGGCUGACCACUUAUCGGCUGAAAUGAUAUGAUGGGUAACACAUUUUCCUGCUGCUCUUGGGUUUUAAGUCAAUCUUACAGCAUGUUUGGCCAUUCCACUUCCCUCCUAUUCAAAUUACUCUUUCGGUCAUUGUUUGGUUCAUGGAAUGACCAUUUUUCAGAAUAAGGCAGUUGUUUGAUCUUCGAAUAUGAAUAUUUUUCAUCAUAA